AUGCCGGACACGCGGACGUGUUAUUAUCCUGAUGGCACCGAGGCCACUGGCAGCGUGCCUUGUACGCCCAAAGACACCACGUCGUGCUGCGGCGUGAACAACAUCUGCCUCUCGAAUGGAUACUGUCUCGAUGUGACCCAGCCUUUUGUUCUGGCUCGUGGCUCUUGUACAUCCCAGGAAUGGGGAACCGGGUGCCCAGGCCAUUGCCGUCAGUCACCCCCUCGCCACGCAUGCCAGUUAUCCCUCAACACUCACAAGUUCAACUCAGGGACCGUCAACAAAGACAAAGGCUCCGCAAUAGUCAACGUGAAUUUCUCCAAUGGCACCUCGACGUACUGCUGCGGAACACCCGUCGUGCAGGGAGGUGAGAUGGUCUGUCGAGAUGGACUGGACAGCUUCCAGCUGGCCAACGCCCAAAUCCUCCCCGGGCGCGCUGCCCUCGCCAAUCUUGUACAAGCAGACACAUCAUCCAACACAUCGAACUCGUCAGCCUCCCCGACCUCCACUCCCUCACACAGCAAUUCGCGCGACACGACUAUCGGGGUUGGCCUAGGGGUUCCGUUAGGAGUGAUCGCGAUCGGAUCGCUAAUCUGGGCCCUGGGGGAGAGGAGGAGAGCAAACCGGCUGAGCCGAGCAAUGAUGGUCACAUCGUUUCCAACCCAGGAAGGUCUCGUUCGUUCGCCGCAAUCGCGUCUUACGUCGGAAGGCUCUGCCCCGACAGAGCUGGAUGGUCAUAGGCAGAUCCCGGAGUUGAUGCCAAGAGAGAUGUAG